CGGUGCGUACCGGCAGCCAGAGGGGCUAAGGUAGCCCUGUAGCUGACAGUUCACUGUGGUGGUUAAGAUACGAAACAGAUCGAAAUCGUAUCUCAUAGUGAUGCGUGCGCAGUCGCCUUCGCGGGUGAAGGUCAAAUUGUCGGAGGAUAUCAGGAUGGCAAAAUUCGUCGAUGGAAGCUCAAGGACGGACAACAGCAGGGUCCAACCAUGCAAGCGGGUGGCGCUGUCUGUUCUGUUGUCGUUUCCCUGGAUGGCCGGUGGUUGGUGUCUGGAGAUCGCGGAUGCAAGGCGAUCGUCUGGAAUGCGGUGACUCAUAAAAAAGUGCGCGAGUCACAAGAACAUAGUAGUUCUGUGCUUGGGGUCGAUAUUUCGAGCGACGGUACUAAAGUUGCGUCUGCGGACUACAACGACGCCCGGCUAUUCAGCCUCACUUCCGGCACCCGCCCGAUACGACUCCUUCCACCCCUCCGACACCGAGGGGUUAUUGGUAUCAAGUUCUCCCUAGACGGCAGUCGAUUUGCUACCGCUUCGGAGAGUCACGGUUUCCGCCUCUACAACACCCACGAUGGCAGUGUCUUGUUCGAUUCAGCUGAAAGUGGUUCAACCGAUUCCACUCCCAACGCUUCGUUGGCCUGGUCGUCUGACGGCCAGCAGCUUUUCGUCGCAAGCAUAGGCAAAAUUGUUUGUUUCGACCUUCCCAACUCUCUGUCUUCGGAGUGGCCAAUUCAUGAAAACCAAUUUGGUGUAUCUAUCGUAUCCAACGGCAGAUUCAUUGCAUGUGCUGCAGGCUCAUCUGUUUCCCUAUGGGAUUGUGUGUCCCACAAGCAGAUCAGUGCUGUUACCGCACACACUGCCCAUGUCACCUGUCUCGCUCUUUCACCAAGCGGGGGGCAUCUCGCAUGUGGAAGUGGCACAAAUAUCACAAUCCACAAUCUCAGAGAUGUCCUUCCCCCUAAGUAUUUUGAUCAUGGUGCAUUGAUCCGUCAGCAGCAGCUCGAUGCUGCUCGUGAAGCUCACAUCGUCGAUAGUCGUCGUGUCCUGCGUAAGGCUUUGAUCCAUCAGCAGCGGCUCGACGCUUCUAAGCUUCCACUUGUACAAAUGAGUGACGAGAUUCUAGAAUCAUGGACCCAGGACGACCCGAUGAACACCGAAUCGUUGCUGUCAGAGGAGAUCAGGAGCGCUUCAAUUCCUAGGCACUACUUGCUAGCAAACCGCGCCCUCAUAAGAGUGCGUUUGAAAGAUUUGGUAGGUGCGAUAGAGGAUGCCAAGGAGUCGCUCCAGGCUCAACCAUCGCCUAUCGGCUAUAUUGCUGUGGCGGUUGCUCUACUUGGUCAGGGUAAUCGGGAGGGAGCGCUAUGUACAUUCGGCUUUGCGUUUCAUGAUUGCGGGUUGCAUGACAUUAAAUUUCUCUUACUACUGAAGUCUGUCCUUACACUGGAAUCCGGAAAUCAAGAUGAGGCGAUAGACCGUGUGGAGCACCUUGCAACGAGGGCAAACAGUGAUAACGACGAGGACGAUGAUACCGCCUACCUUUACACACAGGUCCUUGGGGUUAUGCACAUGAGGAAGGGGAAUCACAGACGUGCGAUACGAUUGUUUGACCGUGCGAAGAACCUAGCCCACAACGACACACGGUAUCCUCCCCUAGAGACGAUUUCGCUCAUAUUUGGGUGGAAUUUCAACGGACUGGGCAUCCUUGCCCGGCAACGUUUGUGUGAAACACUCUAUGGUGAAGAACGUACAACCGAAGCUGUGGAAAUUCUCCUCGAUAUCAUCAGGACCUCAGACGAGAAGAUUCGAGAGAGCAAGAAAACUGCAGACUGGGUCGCAGGUUUCACCAAAAAAUGUACUACGACACUUGAGCAUGUCGGCGAUGAAGCCUUUAGAUCUUUAAAAUAUGACGACGCAAUCACGCAAUAUUCUGUUGCACUGUCCCUCAGUCCUCCAAGUCCCGCAGGUCUGCUAAUCAAGCGGAGCAGAGCUCGUGCGGCAAAAGGAUUAUGGGAGGAUGCACUGCAGGAUGCGAAUGAGGCGGUGAAAGUGGACCCCUCCAGCCCUUGGAGCUACGAGGUCAAGCAUGCGGCUCUUCAUGGAGCAAAACGGUAUGACGAUGCGAUCGAUAUUUUCAAGUCUAUGCUGCAAGUGAUCGAACAGUCAAAUGACCCUCAAGUCAGGCAACUGCGCAAGAACUAUGUUUCUCCAUCCGAGACGAUUGCAGCUAUUGAUCUUAUCAUCCACGAGAUCCUCAAGGAUUGUCCCUUCGUCGUCAUCAAUGUCGCCACUGGUUGCCUUUGUAACAGGUCCGAGCAGAUGCGUAUCUUCAAGGCUGGUCCGUCAUUCAAAGCGCUUGUUUCAUCCAUGACGACAGAAGUGGACAACGAGCGUAUCCUACGAGUGGUUACAAUUUUUUUCGGAUAUGUCAUGUUCUCCCAUGCAUGGCAGGGGAACGAGCCAUCAUUCCAGGACGUCAAUGUAGUCAAAUCUGUGUGGAACCUUCCCGACACGCCUCUGCACAAGAAAUUGCGCAAUUUCUGCCAGGAGACGAGGAGACUUGGUCAUAAUUGGGCGUGGUGCGAUACAUGUUGUAUCGACAAAUCCACGAGUUCCAUCCUUAAUCAAUCUCUUACGUCUAUGUACCAAUGGUAUGCAGGUUCAGCAGCCACGAUCGUAUUCCUCGCCGGCGUAGCGCAUCCGUCCAGGCCUGGGGACCUUAUGCGUAGUUUAUGGAUGACGCGGGCGUGGACUUUACAGGAGCUUCUCUCACCGAAAGUGAUCUUUUUCUAUGACUCCGAGUGGAAACCAUACCUCGGCAAUACUGGCUCGAAUCAUAAGGAAUCUCCAGAGAUCAUGCAAGAGCUAGUAGAUGCCACCAAGAUUCCCCACGGAACCAUCUUCACAUUCACCCCAGACGAUCUUGGGGUGCGCGAGAAGCUUCGUCUCGCUUCUACGCGCAAUGCGACGGUCGAGGAGGACGUCGCAUACUCUCUCAUCGGUAUAUUCAAGUCCGAUAUCCGGCCCCACUACGGGGAGAGAGCCGAUGCUCUCGGACAUCUCCUGGAGGAGAUUGUGGCCCGGUCCGGCGAGGUCACCGUGCUUGCGUGGUCGGGGAAGUCAUCGUCAUACAACAGUUGUCUCCCGGCUUCCAUUUCCGUUUACAACCAAACUCCACACAGCCCUCCAUUACUUGAAGGAGAAGAAAUGGAAAGGUGUGUCAAUGAAUUGCGUGAAAAAUUGCCCGAACAAGAAGUGCGGAGUAUAUGUAACAAGAUCAACCGUCUUUCCUCUGUCCGUUUUACAGCCCGACGUCUACACCUUCCAUGCAUCAUCUUCUCUGUGAAAAGUCUUGAGAAGCCGUACGGAGGCAAUGAGAAGUUAUAUCGUGCUCGGGUAUCGGGGCUUGGCCAAGUGGAAUUCACGACCACAGACGAUCUCUUGCGGAACGAGCCACGAAAAUUCGUCUUCGCGCAUCCGUGGAUUCGUUAUAUUCGAGGUCCAAGCAGUGGGGUUGCCUGGGGAGAUGACUUAGAGUCCGAUACUGACACUGACUUGGAUGGCGUCGCGCCAUCACACGCCGUCUCCGCGCCUCGGAUUGACAACUAUACCCGGGCAUUAGAAAUGAUUGCUCGUCUCGGACAGCCGUUCAAUGCACUGCUUCUCGUACAACAGCCGAACGGAGAGUGCAAGAGGGUCGCUGCAGAGAAUGAGAUUGUCGUCUCGGGACUCGGAACUAACAUCGCCCCCAAGAACGUUCGGGCGACAGUCUUAGAAAUUCUUUGAUGUAUGCUUGGGCUCAGCUGCCAGUGGUCAUUAAAAUUGGGAUAACCACGCCGUAGAAGCUUCUAACGCUUUCGGUAUCUUUCAUCUUUUACUGGUAGUUUUUCUUUUCAUAUUGUUCAUUAUGUUCCCCUUCGUUUGCAUGUGAUAUGGAGACGGGAGGCGGAGGCCCAAGAGUGCUCAUAUUAAUAAUACCACCUGU